GAAGUCCUGCCCUCAGCAAGGGGGGGCAUUGUUGUGGGUGACGUCACGGGCGGAGGAUGCGGGCGCCCCAUUGGCUCGGGCGCGGCGGCCGUGAGCUGGGCUCUUAAAGGGCGAGGGGAGCGCGGGCCGCGCCGGCCGGGCGGGGCCCAUGGCCAGCACCAGCAGCCCCUUGUAUGAUGCUGUUCCAAUCCAGUCUAGUGUGGUGUUAUGCCCCUGUCCAUCCCCAUCAAUGGUGAGGAACCAGGCAGAUUCCAACACUCCACCUGUCAUUUCCACCUGUGGCAGCAGACAGGGAUCUAACAUGGAGGGCACUGCAGCUGAAUCACGAUCUAGUUCAAACACCUUGCAGCAACAUACAGGACAGCAGCCUCCACAACCUCGAAAGAAACGACCUGAUGACUUCAAAUUUGGGAAAAUUCUGGGUGAAGGAUCUUUUUCUACGGUUGUCUUGGCUCGAGAACUGACAAGUUCUAGAGAAUAUGCUAUUAAAAUUCUGGAAAAACGUCAUAUCAUAAAAGAAAACAAGGUACCAUAUGUGACACGUGAGAGAGAUGUAAUGUCCCGUCUGGAUCACCCCUUUUUUGUGAAACUCUACUUCACCUUUCAGGAUGAUGAGAAGCUCUAUUUUGGGCUUAGCUAUGCCAAAAAUGGAGAGCUUCUCAAGUAUAUACGCAAAAUUGGUUCAUUUGAUGAGACCUGUACCAGGUUUUAUACUGCUGAAAUUGUGUCAGCCCUGGAGUAUUUGCAUGGGAAGGGAAUUAUUCACAGGGACCUUAAGCCAGAGAACAUUUUGCUAAAUGAAGACAUGCACAUUCAAAUAACAGACUUUGGAACAGCAAAAGUACUAUCUGCAGAUAGCAGACAAGCACGGGCAAACUCAUUCGUAGGGACAGCACAGUAUGUUUCUCCAGAACUGUUGACGGAGAAAUCUGCCUGUAAAAGCUCUGACCUCUGGGCGCUGGGAUGUAUAAUAUAUCAGCUUGUAGCUGGAUUGCCUCCAUUUAGAGCUGGAAACGAAUAUCUUAUAUUUCAGAAGAUAAUAAAGCUGGAAUAUGACUUUCCAGAGAAAUUUUUUCCAAAGGCAAAAGACCUUGUAGAAAAGCUGUUGGUUCUGGAUGCUACCAGCAGAUUAGGAUGUGAAGAAAUGGGAGGAUAUGGACCUCUUAAAGCUCAUCCCUUCUUUGAAUCUAUUGCAUGGGAAAACCUACAUCUUCAGACCCCCCCAAAACUCACAGCAUACUUACCUGCCAUGUCAGAGGAUGAUGAAGACUGUUAUGGAAAUUAUGACAAUCUUCUGAGUCAGUUUGGUUGCAUGCAAGUUUCUGGUUCUGCCUCUUCCCAUUCCCUGUCUGCCCCAGAGACGAGUCCGCCACAGACAUCAGGAGGCAAUAUUGAACAGUAUAUUCAUGAUCUUGACAACAAUUCCUUUGAGCUGGACUUACAGUUUUCUGAAGAUGAAAAGAGGUUACUUCUGGCAAAACAAGCUGGUGGAAAUCCUUGGCAUCAGUUUGUAGAAAAUAACUUAAUCCUAAAAAUGGGCCCAGUAGACAAAAGAAAGGGAUUGUUUGCACGUCGGCGCCAGUUGCUGCUCACAGAGGGGCCCCAUCUGUAUUAUGUGGAUCCUGUCAACAAAGUUCUAAAAGGAGAAAUUCCAUGGUCUUUAGAGCUGCGCCCAGAAGCCAAGAAUUUUAAGACAUUUUUUGUUCACACAGAUGAAACGGGUGCCUAUUUAAUAGACAGAGACCCAACCUACUUUGGGCCAGUGCUGAACUAUCUCAGACAUGGGAAACUGGUUAUUAACAAGGACCUAGCUGAGGAAGGUGUGCUGGAAGAGGCUGAAUUCUACAACAUCACAUCACUAAUAAAACUGGUAAAGGACAAAAUAAGAGAAAGAGACAGCAAAAUCUCACAGGUGCCAGUCAAACACGUGUACAGGGUGCUGCAGUGCCAGGAAGAGGAACUCACUCAAAUGGUCUCCACAAUGUCUGAUGGCUGGAAAUUUGAACAGCUUGUCAGUAUAGGUUCCCAGUAUGGCUGUGGCCGGGCCCAGCAGUCAGAGUAUCUACUGAUAGUGUCACGGGAAGUGAAAGGGGAAGAGAGAUGCUUCCAGAAAUGCUGCAGUGAGCUGGUUAGUAUUGGUUCUUCCUAUAACUAUGGCAAUGAAGAUCAGGCUGAAUUUCUGUGUGUUGUCUCAAAAGAAUUGCAUAACACUCCCUAUGGCACAACCAGUGAACCCAGUGAAAAAGCAAAGCAUUUGUACAAGGAAAGAGUAAAAAAAAAAGAAAAAAAAAAGAAAAGAAACAACUGAACUGUAAUAAGUCUGACUAGUUAUGCAUAUUUUGCAAGAAAGAGGUUCCAGGAUGUGAAGACAGUAUUGAAUGCUGAAGAUUUUUUCUCUUUUAUUCCAAGAUGCAGUGAAUUGUCACAUUGAAGAGGCUUGGCUGCAAAAGAAAAAAUCUGAUUUAGACAAUUUUCUGUUGAUCUGAGUUCAACCGUUUUUGCCUAUAAGCUGGUGUAAACUGGCUGGAAGCAUUGCAAGAUUACUUAAUGGGAAUAGACGGUGUGAGAGUGUGUGUUAAGUUUUGGUUGUAGUGCAUGGUUGUACUCUUUUAUGGGCUGACUGACAUUGGUCAUUUGAAAAGAAGUGACCGUGCACUCGUAUUUUCCUCUGAGACAUGUAGCACUUAUGCCUGGUGCUGGAUGACCCAAUGUUGAUCAGUUUGAAGAGUUUUUCUUACUAAUCAUUGUAAACAUUUAAAGGACAAUGUAACUGGUGCUACACACACACACACACACACACACACACACACACACACACACACACAUUACAGCCCACAAAUGCAAAUUUUGGGGCCUACAUUGUUUUGGAAUCGGUGGCAGCCCCAGGUGACUCUCUUAUACUGCACAUUCCUUAUGGCUCUGUGACAUAUUCUCUCAUGUAAGAACAGCCUAGGAGAUCAACUGAAACUAGCACAUAAAAAGUUACACCACAGACAAAAGGUUUUUUCUCAAGGAAGGGUGUAUAUAUUGACUGGGUUUAUGGCAUAUUUUAAUACCCAAAGGGAAGACUAAACUCAAGAGAAAACGUCAUUCAUCUGAGUCAUUCUUGAUGUUCCUUAUGUCAAAAGUGUCCUCCUGCAAAAGUUAUGCUCCAGUCUUAGCCAGAUGUUUGGAAGGGGAAUCAAAAUUCACUUAAAAUGAACAACUGAACAUUUUGUUUCUUUUGAAAUGUUUGUAGUUAAAUGUGUGUUUAUACUUUUAAAAAUGCCUACAAGUGUUGAUCUCUUUGUGGAUUUUGGUAGAGAUUUUUAAGAGAGCUGGAGGUUGUACAGAAAUAUCGCUGGCUAGUCCUGGAUUCUUAUCUCUAUGAUUGGGAUUAAGAUCAACCUUGAGUGUGAACACAAGAUCAUCCAAUUAAAAAUCUUAAUUGCUUUGGAUAUUCAGGAUAUUUACAAUCAGUCUGUCUUUCUAUACUGUUUCAACUAUGCAGUUAAAGAACACUGUUUGAAAACAUCUGGUGCAGCUUUAUUAGGUUAUGUCCUUGAUAAAGGCUAAUACCCAAGACUGGAGCUUUUUAAUACACUAUGUUUUAAGCAAAAUCUUCAGCACAUCUUUGAAACACUUAAUGAAACUGAUAGUAUAAAAUUCAGCUUCAUUGGCAUAUGUAGCUGAAAGUGGCAGAAGAGAGUUUCAAGAAACUGUAAGAUUGUUUAGAAUUCUAAAAUACAUUAAAACUUUCAUUCUCAAUAACUUCAGAAUUUAUGCAUAUACUCUAGGUAAUCCUUUACACAAAAACCUGAUUGUCAAGCAGCUAGGGUCUGCCUAUUUUUUUUAAACUUAUUGUACGUUGAUAAAAGUUGGGCAGAAAUAAUUUGUAAAACUGUUUCUACAAAGCAGGUUAAGCAAUGGGCUAAAUGUUUUGUCCAUGCAUCUAAUGCUAGAAAGCAUUAAUGCAUUUUGCCACUUGGAUGUGGUCUGCACGGGAAGCUGCUGGCCCCUCCACAACACGUAAAAUGUUUGUCUUUUUUUAAGAUGUUAAAACUGAAUUGAAUUUACUAAAAUGUAAUUAUGUAGGGGGAAAUGUUUAUACUUUUAUACUUUUUUAGGCACCCGUAUUUUAGCAGCUUAAAUUUAGCACCCAAAUUUCCCCUAAAUAGUAACAGAUAAUCUUGUGUAUUUGAAAAUAAGCCUAACAGUUGUCUAUGUUAACUGCAUAUUAAAACAUUUCCUCUGCUGCAGUAGUCACUGUGUUUUUAAGCAGUAUGACUCCGUCAUAUUCUCUGGGCUCUCUAGCUCAUGGAAGUGCAGCCAACCAGGUUUCUUGUUCUUUACUUGCUGUGCUCUACAGAGUAAUUCAGCAUUGGCCUAAGUGGAUUUUAAUGCCUAAAAUAACUGUGUAUAAUAAUCCUUCUGAAUCUGCAUUUGUGUUUUCUGUCUUAUUUAACAAAAAAAGACAGAACAUUUUAUUUCGUCAACUGAAAGAAUGAGAGCAGCAAAGCAGGAGUAACAAACUGAGCAAACUGAACAAAUUCAGAGUAUGUAAAAGGAUUUUUUGGCUUUUUUUUAUUUAUUUUUUUUUUUAGUAUGGCUUUUUCACUGGAAUAUAUACAGUUUAACAAUGUGCUUUUAUGGUGAGAUUACCUGCAAUCUAGUUUACGUUGUAUCCCUGUUGUAGCAAAUUUGGGGGAAAUAAGGGGUUAAUCAUUUUGCACUUUGUUUCCAAUACCUCACAAAGAUCUUAAGCAAAAAAAAGAAAACUUUAAUAGGCAGGUACCUUGUAAAUGAUUUUAUAUGCUAUUGUAUGAGACCGCCUGAACUAACUACUCUCCUGUUCUUGCUAUUGUUAGUUACUUUAACUUUUUUUUUUUUUUUUUUUUUUUUUGAACAUCUGAGGCUUUCAGAUAGCUGGAAAUGCUAUCACAUGCCUUUUUCAAGGCAUUAGGUAUUGAUCCCUAGAGAAAUUUGGUUUCUUUUUAUUUGAGUCUUGCAAUUUCUAAUAAAAUUAACUACAGUAACAAGGUAGUCGCGUUAGGGUUCAGUCUAAGCACCAAGUUUUGUGAACAUUGCUUUUUGUUGGUUAGCAUCUUUCAGGAUGAGGAAAUUUACCAGUUUACCAAUAUAAUAUAAACUGGAGUCCUUUGUUCCUUUUCUAUCAUUUGGGGAAGUGUUUACCACAGGAGAACAGCAUAUAACUAUGUAAAGCUGAUACGUUCACUAAAAGAGUAUACUUGAAGAGCUACACUGCAGAAGUCUUUGACAUGAAGUGUAAACUCUGGAUUUAUACAGCUUUUCUAUCCUUAAAUCAAAACAGUAUUCAGGUUAAAAUUUAAGAUCCUGGACACAAAGAGAUCAUAGCAGGAGGAAAUAAAGCAGAAAGGUGGGAUACCACAACAUACAGUUAAUAGAGAUGAUCUCUCAUGAAAAUUUAAAUUCUAUGGAAGGUUUAUCUUUCUGCCCUUUUGCUAUAUAAAUAUUCUUUUAUCUACAUUUGGUGAAGUUGUUUGGCAUGUUUUCUGUGGAACAGGAGGUUAAUUUAGUAGAUGAUUAAUUGAUUUUCAGUGGAAAUCUUUAAGGACUUUUACACAACAACAUUUUGCUAUGGUAAAUUUGAACUUUUCAUUUUUAAACAAGUUUACAAUUUCUUGCUUUAAGUUAGGAAACAGGUAGUACUGUUGGCUUAAUUUAGUCAGGAUAAUUUUUGGUACUGGGGAUGAUUGAUUUGUAAAUCAGAUGCUUUUGGGUUUCUUCAAGCAGCAAUUAAAUCGGAGUUUAACUGUUGUCUCAAAGAACAAGUCAUUCUGAGUCCUCAGAGACAUGAAUGUCACCUGGUCCAUGAUAACUGUCCAAAAGUGUGGUCUGACUCAGCAGCUCCCCACAGUAAAUGUGAAAUAGCUUUCUUAGUGAAAGAUGCAAGGUUACAUGGAAUUUUCUCCCAUUUACUCUCAGGUUACCAUGGAUUAUGGCUGAUGGUAAUUCAUUAUCCCACAGUAACUUAAUUGUGUGUCAAAGGCCUGAUUGUAUUUUGAAGCAUAAACUGAUUCUCUACUGAACUUUUCAGUCCUCAAUAUCAUAUGCUCAGUUUAUUAGGAAAAAGUACUGUGUUUCUUCAAAUUCAGCCAGGCUUGUGGUAAUGAUAAAAGUUCCUUUCAUCUUAGCAUCAAUAAAAAAUAUUCCUGAACAAAUUGAGCUGAAGAUAUCUGUGCAGCUUUUUUGUCUUCAGAUGUUGUUGAGAUAAUUGCUGUGUAGCUUCAUUUGCAGCAAUGUGCGUGUACAGUCAUGGUCAGUUAGAAAUGGGUGUCUUUCCUGAAAAUACCAAAACUGAAUCCUGCUCAUUUUCCUGUGAGAGGGAUUUUUCUCAGAAGAAAAUGAAAACUUUCAGCAGUUAAAAAACAAACAAACAAAAUACAAACAAAAAAACCCUUGAUUACAGGCAUGAUCAGGGAACAGGUUUGUUGAGUAGGAGGAUGGUGUUUCCACAAAACCACUUCUCAGAACAGAACACUUCCUUCUAUGAACCUGUCUGUUGAGAGUUGUCAGUCUCUUCUUGAGCAGUGAAGCAUCGUAGACAGCUACCACCAGAGAAUUAAGACACAUAUAUUAAUUACAGAUCCUCUAUUUUUAUUGGUGUUAAUAAAAAAAAAUGAACUUAGAAUGCAAAAAUGUAAUAGUAUCUGACUGAAAUUAUCUAGAAACUGUAUUAUAAUGUAUAUUGUCCAGUCAUUCAGGUAUAUUGGAACACAUUUCUGGAGAAGUAUGAACAAAACAGCAAAGUACUGGGUUCUUUGUGGAGAUCAAAGUCAAGUGAAAAAGAGUUUGGAGCUGAAGCUUGCGAUUUUGUUCACUUGAGAUAUAAUAAAAUUGGGAAGUGUCAUUCUCCAAUUCUGUUCUCUCCCUCUCAUCAACAAAAAAUCUCUUCCAGGUUUUUCAAAUUAGCGUCUUCAACCAGCCCUGAAAGGUGAGGCCUUUGAAAAGAUACAGGGCUUUGGGCUUGCUCUCCACCCUUUUAACAGUACCUGUUAGCUCAGGAUAGUUGGACUAAGGCUUCUGGUGGUCACUGGCGAAGUGUAUUUUCUAGCACAGCAGUUCUGAAAUACACAAGGUCUGAGGAUGCUCCCUGUUUGCUUCAUUAUAGUUUAGACUACAGUUAUUUCCUCCUUUAAGGACAGUCUCAGGAUCUUACUUGGGUUUGUGUGUAGAACUAUGGAUUCUUAAAAUACCAUAAAUAUUCCAUUUAAAAAAAUAUGGUGAAGGUUCUCUGAACUCAGUGUAACAUAACUUUUCUUUCUUUUGGCUUGCAACAAUUGGGAGUUGUUUCUAAAGGCUUCUCACUGAACUGAGGCUUUAAAGGGCUAAAUAGGUCACACUUUAUUAUUGUUAAGUUUGCAUAGGUGACUGUCAGACGGAAAGAACUUUCCAUUUGCGGUGCAGCAAUGCUAAGGGCUAUAAUGCUUUCCAGGGCUAAUUUGAAGUUCCAGAGACACAAAUAAGUUUUAAAAAGGAGCUGCUCCAUUUUUCCUGUAACUCACAGUCUCUAAAAUCCUUCUUCAAAAUGGCUAAACCAAUUGCAGAUAUACGUAUGUUCAUAUCUUACUUGGAACUUCAGCUUCCAGUUUGGUAGGGACACAGUGGAAGCGAGCACACUUGCCCACUCCUUUAUUAUUGCCUGUGCUGAAAUCUUAACAGCUUCUAUGAACAGAACUGGCAGUAGAGAGACUCUGAGGCAGAUUCUAUUCCAGGAAAUAAUCACUGAAUAUUUCUUCACAGUUUAGUUUUCCUUUCCUUUAGCAAAGUCUACCAAGGCAUUCUACAAAAAGGGUUCUCUUUAGGGUUUUCCGUGUUAAUGGCUACCAUAAUGAGAAAAAAAUUAUUAGAAAGUUAUUUUGCUACUUUGGAGGGGUGGAGGUUCUGUAACGGCGCUCUCUUUUCCUUAGAACCCUGAACCAAAAUUUUGACCAACUUAACACCUGAUAAGAUUUGCAAGGCCUGUUUGUCUGAAAUGUAUGAGUUAAUGGGUCUUUGUACUUAGUUCUUGCUCCUUUUCAAGAUUUUCCAAAAGCUUAUGUGCAACUUGACUCAAACUUAACUUAGUCUGUGUGCUUGCUAAGAGGAAGCAAGUGCCACGACAUUGUAAACCAAGCGUUGCCCACCUCUACUUGGAAUUGAACCAAGAUCACCAAACCAAGCAAGUAUCAGAUGGCAACUAUUUCCAGCUGCUUCUGUUCUGGGCGUGACCUUAGCCUAGGUAUGAAAAAAAAUUAUUUCCUGUGCGCUGUAUAGGCCUGCCUACUUAAUUUAGCAAGUGGUUGGGUUUUGUUCUAUUUAUUUUUUUAAAUCACUGGUCUCACAAUUAAUUGUGCACCAGGUGUUUAUGUUAAUGUCCAAGUCAUCAUAUUUGCAAAAUGUUAUUUCCUGGAUAAUGAAUUAGCAAUAACAUUUUCUUUUGUGCCAAUUCAUUAUCUCUGAAGUGUUCUUACUGCAGCAAAGUUUGAAUUUUGAUUUGGUUUUAAUGCUUUUGCAUUAACCAAAAUUAUUAGCACAAACAUGGACAACAAAUUGAAUACAGGGAAUUUCCCUGGAUAAAAAUCUGCUAGGGCUUCCCAAAUCAUUUGGCGAUGGUUACAAUUAGCCAUCAUUUUUAGAAAAAGCAUACAAUUAAAAUGUGUGUGGGUAUUUUUUUAACCUCCUUUUCAUAACACUAGUGUAUUGUAAACUGCAUGAAAUAAACAUGUUUUCUCCCUUUUAAA